UGUGAGCUCAUUCACACAUCCGUGUGCGUGUGUGUGUUUAGAUGUCAUGGCUGCGUGGCGCACGCACGCACGCAACUGCUGGCUUUUUUUAAUAACUGUCUUUUCGUGAUUGAAUCAUAAAGAGGACAGUUGGAGUUUAAUUGAAUAAGGGAGCAGAGGAGAGAGAGAAAGAAAAAGAGAGUGAGAGGGAGGGACUCGAUGUGGCCAUACAGGCUGCGGAGUGUUUUAUUUAUUUGUGCUGGCUCCCCUUUUUCUUUCUUUCUUAUUAUUUUUCAACUGAUUUUCCAAAAUGAGGUUAAAAGUUGGAUUCAUCCUUCGAAGUUUACUGGUCAUUGGCACGUUUUUGGGUCUGGUUUUGCUUUGGUCUUCCCUGACACCGAAGGCAGUCGACGAUAACCCGUUUGCUGGUGUACUGGCAGGAAGAGAUGCAGGUAAACUCUUGCAGCCCAACCCUCACAAUAAUGACAUGGCUGACCAGUUCAAGCCAGUUGUUCCUUGGCCCCACGUCGAAGGAGUUGAGGUUGAUCUGGAGUCUAUCCGCCAGAAAAAUGGUGACAAGCCAAACCCUGCAUUCAAAGCCCAGAACCAGCAGAAUGUCAUCCAGAAGCAAUACAUCACCUUUAAGCCUCACACCAAUGUGUUUAAUGAACCUGUGUUGAAGAAAGGAAUUCUGGGCAACUUUGAGUCUAAAGAACCUGAGCCUCAGGGGGUCCAGGGCGGACCGGGAGAGGGCAGCAAACAGUUCGUACUGGGACCGGAGUACAAAGAUUCUGUUCAGGCCAGCAUCAAGGAAUUCGGCUUUAAUAUGGUAGCCAGCGACAUGAUCUCUCUGGAUCGAACCAUCGGCGACUUACGGCAUGAAGAGUGUAAAUACUGGCACUAUGAUGAAAACCUCCUCACCUCCAGCGUGGUCAUUGUCUUCCAUAAUGAGGGCUGGUCCACACUGAUGAGGACAGUGCACAGUGUCAUCAAAAGAACCCCAAGGAAAUACCUGGCUGAGAUCGUCAUGAUUGAUGACUUCAGUAACAAAGUUCAUCUUAAAGAGAGGCUGGAGGAGUACAUAAAACAGUGGAAUGGGUUGGUCAAACUGUUCCGCAAUGAAAAGAGAGAGGGUCUGAUCCAGGCCAGGAGCAUAGGAGCCCGUAAAGCCACUCUGGGACAGGUGCUGAUCUACCUGGAUGCUCAUUGUGAAGUUGGGGUGAACUGGUACGCCCCGCUGGUGGCCCCCAUUUCAAAAGACCGAACGGUCUGCACAGUACCGUUGAUAGAUUACGUAGACGGCAAUGAUUAUACCAUAGAGCCACAGCAGGGUGGGGAUGAGGACGGUCUGGCGCGAGGCGCCUGGGACUGGAGCCUCCUGUGGAAAAGGGUCCCUCUCAGCAGCAGGGAGAAGGCUAAGAGAAAGCAUAAAACAGAGCCUUAUCGGUCUCCUGCGAUGGCUGGAGGACUCUUCGCAAUAGAGAGAGAGUUCUUCUUUGAGCUGGGCCUCUAUGAUCCAGGCCUUCAGAUCUGGGGAGGAGAAAACUUUGAGAUCUCCUACAAGAUAUGGCAGUGUGGUGGGCAGCUUCUGUUCGUGCCAUGUUCACGGGUGGGGCACAUCUACCGUCUACAGGGCUGGCAGGGAAACCCACCUCCUGCUCAUGUAGGCUCAUCCCCCACGCUUAAGAACUAUGUGCGGGUGGUGGAGGUGUGGUGGGAUGAGUAUAAAGACUAUUUCUACGCCAGUCGGCCUGAGACUCUGACGCUGGCCUACGGAGACAUCAGCAGCUUGAAGAAGUUCAGAGAGGAACAUCGCUGCAAGAGCUUCAAGUGGUUCAUGGAAGAGAUUGCCUAUGACAUCCCUCUACAUUACCCACUGCCUCCAAAGAAUGUGGAAUGGGGAGAGAUUCGUGGGUAUGAGACCAGCUACUGCAUCGACAGCAUGGGCCACACCAAUGGUGGCAAUGUCGAAAUUGGGCCUUGUCAUAGAAUGGGUGGGAAUCAGCUCUUUAGAAUUAAUGAAGCAAACCAGCUCAUGCAGUACGACCAGUGCCUGACAAAGGGAGGCGACGGAUCUGCUGUCAUCAUAACACACUGCAACUUAAACGAGCACACAGAGUGGAAAUAUUUUAAGGAUCUACAUCGAUUCACACAUAUACCUACAGGGAAAUGCUUGGAUCGCUCUGAUGUCUUGCACAAAGUUUAUAUAGCUGACUGUGACAACAGUAAGAGCUCACAGAAGUGGGAGAUGAACAACAUUGUGGCAGUUUGAGAGCCAUGCUCAAAUGUGCUUCAAGGAUAAACACUUGACUACAGCAACAGGUUUUACCAGUAUACACGUGACUAGUUUUAGUCAUCACCCGAAUAACUCUGAACUCCGAUCAUAAACUUUUUUUUUUCCUCCAUUGAAGACAAUGUUUACAUCGGUUCAUCCCCAGUGCCCAUCGCAUGGGUUUUUCUUUGGAAUCUGUGGAUGGGAGAGGUCUACCUAACAGAAUGUGCACAAUGUGUGCUGAGAUGAAUUAUCUAAUACCACUUUUGUUGCUGCUCCAUU